AGUUCAGCCUCUUUCGUUUUUCUUUUCUAUUUUAUCCGUGAUCCACACGUGAUUUAGCUACACGUUUACGUCAUCACGCACAAGGAAGUGAGCUUGGAGGGAGUUGUAAGCUAAGCAUGGCUGCAAAGGUAGUUUUCCCCAGAAGGGCUGAUCCAGCUGAGCUGAAGUCUAUUUUUUUAAAGUAUGCAAGCAUUCAGAAAAAUGAAGAGCACUUCAUGUCUCCCGAGGACUUCGUCUGUCGGUUUCUCCAUGCGCACACGGACGUCAGGCUGUCUGAGGGGGCUGUAAACUUGCUGGCAGGUGUUGUUGACCAGACCAAAGAUGGGUUGAUUUCCUUCCAGGAGUUUCUUGCGUUUGAGUCUGUGUUGUGUUCUCCGGACGCACUCUUCAUGGUCGCCUUCCAGCUGUUUGACAAAACCGGAAACGGAGUGGCAACGUUCGAUGAUGUGAAGCAGGUUUUUGGCCAGACCACUAUUCAUCAGCACAUUCCUUUUAACUGGGACUCGGAGUUCAUGCAGCUGCACUUUGGCAAGGAGCGAAAGAAGCACCUCUCGUAUGGAGAGUUCACACAGUUCCUACUGGAAAUGCAACUGGAGCAUGCAAGGCAGGCUUUCAUCCAGAGGGACAAGGCCCGAACCGGCACUAUCACUGCCCUGGACUUCCGGGACAUCAUGGUCACCAUCCGGCCGCACAUGCUGACGCCGUUUGUGGAGGAGUCCUUGGUCGCCGUCGCUGGUGGUGGCACGUCCCACCAGGUCAGCUUCUCCUACUUCAGUGGCUUUAAUUCUCUGCUGAACAACAUGGAGCUCAUGAGGAAGAUCUACUCCACUCUGGCCGGGAGUCGCAAAGACGUCGAGGUCACUAAAGAGGAGUUCAUCAUAGCGGCGCAGAGGUUUGGUCAGGUGACCCCCAUGGAGGUGGACAUCCUGUUUAAGCUGGCUGACCUGUCUGAGCCGCGGGGGCGCGUGGGCCUCGUCGACAUCGAACAGAUCGCGCCGUUGGAGGAGGGGGCUCUUCCGUACAACCUUGCCGAGGUCCAGAGACAGCAGUCCACCGGCGAGGUGUCCCGCCCCUUCCUCGUCCAGGCAGCCGAGUCCGCCUACAGGUUCGGCUUGGGCUCAAUCGCUGGAGCUGUGGGCGCCACCGCGGUGUACCCCAUCGACCUGGUGAAGACCCGCAUGCAGAACCAGCGCACGUCGGGCUCCUUCGUCGGGGAGCUGAUGUACAAGAGCAGCUUCGACUGCUUCAAGAAGGUGGUGCGCUACGAGGGCUUCUUCGGCCUCUACAGAGGUCUGGUACCGCAGCUUCUGGGUGUGGCUCCAGAGAAGGCCAUAAAGCUUACAGUGAAUGAUUUUGUCCGAGGAAAAACUGUCCAGAAGGAUGGAACGAUCCCACUUCCCGCUGAAAUCCUUGCUGGCGGAUGUGCCGGCGGCUCCCAGGUGAUCUUCACCAACCCGCUGGAGAUCGUGAAGAUCCGGCUGCAGGUCGCCGGGGAGAUCACCACGGGCCCCCGGGUCAGCGCGCUGUCCGUCAUGCGGGACCUGGGCUUCUUCGGCCUCUACAAGGGCGCGAAGGCCUGCUUCCUGCGCGACAUCCCCUUCUCGGCCAUCUACUUCCCCUGCUACGCGCACACCAAGGCGGCCCUGUCGGACCAGGACGGGCGCGUGGGGCCGGGGAGGCUGCUGCUGGCGGGGGCCCUGGCGGGCAUGCCCGCUGCCUCUCUGGUGACCCCUGCUGAUGUUAUCAAGACCCGCCUGCAAGUGGCCGCUCGUGCUGGCCAGACCACGUACAAUGGGCUUCUUGACUGCUUCUGGAAAAUCCUGAGGGAAGAAGGGCCUCGAGCUUUCUGGAAAGGAGCCGGAGCUCGAGUGUUCCGUUCCUCACCGCAGUUUGGAGUCACUCUGGUGACCUAUGAGCUGCUGCAGAGAUGGUUCUACGUGGACUUCGGUGGACAAAAACCAGUUGGCGCGGAACCCACCCCCAAAUCUCGAAUCAGCCUGCCGGCACCGAAUCCGGACCAUAUCGGGGGUUUCAGGUUGGCGGUGGCCACGUUUGCGGGAAUCGAGAGUAAAUACGGGCUCCAUCUUCCGCGGUUCAGUGUACCAGCGCCUCCCUCCGCGGAUCACCCCUGAGAGGACAUGCACCACCCACACACACCCACACACACGCACACACACAUACCACACACGCACGCACACACGCACACACGUACCACACACACACACACACCCACACACCCACCACGCACACACACAUACCACACACGCACGCACACACGCACACACGUACCACACACACGCACGCACACACGCACACACGUACCACACACACACACGCACACACACACACACGCGUACCACACAUGCACGCACACACACACACACACGUACCACACAUGCACGCACACACACAAACACACACACACAGAUACCACACACGCACGCACACACACACACACACACACACACGCACACACACACACACACAUACCACACACACACACACACACACACACACACACACGCACACACACACACACCUGCUCUGUGCCUCUUCUCAGCCCAUCCUAUGAAAGCAGAAGUGCUUCCUACAGAGUGGCUGUAGUCAAUAUCUUACUGACAGAAUCACACCAUGACUAGUACAAUACUCACACCAUUAAAUUAGUAUUAAAGAUUGGAUUUAAAGUAUUUUUUUAGUAAUAUUUAUCACUAUAUGACAUUAUAUUGCUGUAAAAGUUAUACUUGCAAAAGUGCUGGUAUGUUACCGGUAUAAAUACUGUAGUAUCCUGUGUACUGUCAACUGUCUCGUUCACUAUUAACUUUUUGAGGAGUGAGAUGUUUAUUCAUGUGGCCAUGUAAUUGUCUCAUAUCUCACAUGUUUUCUUGGAAGAAGAGGUUUUUCCAACCACAUGAGUUAUAACUCGCUUAGUGAUUUUGGGUUGAUUAUCGUUGCUAGCAAACAAUCCAUCCAGCAGAAAGCACUCCUAACUGGUUUUCAGGUUUGACUAGGUUUAGUUAAGGUCACGUCCAAACAGAUGCAAAUGAGUGUAAAUGGUAUACGGAUUAUAUAAAUGAUGUAACCAUUGUAAUUUAAUGGUUAAAUGCAACUAUCAGCAAAACUUGUGAUAAGAAAGCACAGGGACUUCCGGGUGGAAUUACUGUGAUCAGAGAAUUUAAAAAAAAUGCUUCAUAACAACAACAUGCAGCUGUUCCUUUGUUCAGGAAGCAUAUUAAUUGCUGCAAAAUUAUGUAAUUGAAUCUUUAAAGGAGUGGUAUCAUGACAUAAAUAGCGAAUAAUUGUAAAACUUGAAUGUAAUUUAAUUUUAAUUAUUUAAAGAAUUCUAAAGUAGCAAUAUGUGAGUGAUUGUGUUGAAUCUUGGUCUAUUUUUAGAGUGAAAAUGACUGUAGUGUCUGUCUUUACUGUGUGUUACUGAGAUGUGAAUAACAGUCAGGCCCAGCCAAUGAGACUGCAUUGUUUCUCAGUCAGAAGGUGGUAACUGCAGAAAUGAUUAAUCACUGUCAAUUUGAUUCUCUAAUUUAAUUUUAUGUUUUGCAGAGCGGUGAUACAUUAGCGCGUGUAUGGUGUGUCGUACGUGUGCCUUAGGCUAUGUAUGGCAGGAAUGUGUGUACCAAUACAAAAGAGUAAUAAUGUACUGUUAUACCUACAUAUAUACUAAUACAUAUGCUAAUGCUAACAGACAAGUGCCUCAUCUUUGCCACUUGUCAAGAGAAAUGUAUUUAUUUUCAUUUAUACUUUGACCAAUCCUGAAGUUACUACACAUUUCAUUUAUUUUGUCAACGUGGUUUAAUUCAGCAUAGCAACACACAGUUUGCUAGUGGAAGGUGCUUAACCACUAGUCUUGCUGACAAUUUUGUCUGAAGUACAACAUUAUCUGAUUAUGCUGGACUGAAAUAAAUGAACUGAAAUAUAUUUCUUUCAACCAAAA